CUUGCUGCUUCUAUUUCCACUGUUGCUUCUGAAUCGACAUUCAGCACAGGAGGUCGAGUUUUAGAUUCAUUUAGGACCUCCUUAUCCCCUGAAGUUGUGGAGGCUUUGAUUUGUUGUGAAGAUUGGAUAAGAUCUUCAGACUCCGAGUUGGUGGAUGAUGGAGAAGAUGAGGGUGAUGAAGUGGUAUUUCAAAAUGGUAAGGACUAUCUUUCUAUUUAUUCUUAUAUUUUAUUUGCAGCUUUUCAAGCUCGGAGUGCAAGUGCACCUGCAGGACCUAGUGAAAGCUCUCGUGCAGGACCUAGGGGAAGCUCUCAUGCUAUGUAACAAGUGAAAGAAGACUAUUUCGAUGACAAUUCUGAUGAGAAUGAUGAGACUUAUGUGGAUGUAGAGCCUGAUGAGGAGGAGUGAUAAUGGUAGUAGUGUUUAUCUUGUAUGGUGGAUGAACUUUGAUUUUACUUUGAUGUUAUCAUUUGAGAAUUGUAAAAUUAAUGUGUUUAAUUACGAGUUGAAGAUAAUCUCAUCUAUGAUUGUGGGUGAUUUUAUGUUGAACAAAAUUAUUACUAAAACAUUGUGCCAUACACCAAACAUUUUUUUGCAUAUGAUAGU